AUAUAAAAUCUCAUAUGAGCCAGUCCAAAAAUGUGUCUCAUAAUCAAUCCGAUUCUCUGUUCAUCUCUAGCAGAUAACUGACUCGAACGAUAACUUGUUCAAUAAUGGCGUUCCCUUGGCCCACCUUUACCAAAAGUUUCCAUAGCUCCAUCUACCCAGCAAUAGAUCCUUCGAAUCCUGCUCUGUCAGUUAAAAGCAAAAUUAUUCUCGUCACCGGCGGAGGCAAAGGAGUGGGAAAACACAUUGCUACAGUGUUUGCCACAGCCGGCGCCAGCACCGUUGUCAUUCUCGGGCGGGCAACCUCUUCUCUCCAAGCUGCAGAAAAAGACAUAUCAGCCGCAGCAGUGUCAUUUGGACACGAGACUAUAGCUCGAUCCUUUGCUGUCGACAUUUGCGAUGCAGAAGCCGUCUCCCGUACCGUCAGGACAGUCUGUGAGGAAUUCGGCACAAUAGACGUCUUCGUCCAUAACGCCGGCGACCUGCAAUUGGGCACAAUCGAAAGUUCCAACGCAGAAGAGUAUUGGCACAGCUUCGAGGUCAACGUCAAAGGCACGUUGAACUGCAUGCAAGCCUUUACCCGCUUCGGCGUGAGAGCGGACGACACGACGCCGCCUACCUUCAUUAAUGUGUCGACGAUGGGCAUCCACAUGGCCCCAGUUCCAACUAUGUCUGCGUACUCGGCAUCAAAACUCGCCGCAUGGAAGAUGGCUGAAUACCUUCACGUCGAGAUGGGGGCCAAGCUGCGUGUAUUUUCAAUCCAUCCUGGACGAAUCGAGACGGACAUGUCAAGGAGGGCGGGUAUUCCUGCAGCAGAUGAUAAAGAAUUGCCGGGCGCAUUCUGCCUAUGGCUCGCUGCCACGCCCGGAGUAGACUUCUUGCGCGGGAGAAUGCUUACUUCUAAUUGGGACGUGAGCGAGCUUCUUGAGCGAAAAGACGAGAUUGUUGAGAAGGAUUUGCUUGUCAUGACACUUGCUGGAUGGCGCGAGUGAGCUGGAACUUGACACAAUGUGUCAGUGACCUUCUUUUAAGGAGGAUUGAUCUGCGAAGAUGUAGAAGUUGGACACAAUAGCCUUUUUUCUUUCUAAUUGGACGCCA